CUGGGUUAUCGACAGAGGCCAGGGGAGAACCUGAACUUCUCUACUUCAACCUUGAAGCAACAAGCCAGUUUCCCAUCACCCCCACCAGCACAACAUCAGAGGAGUUCUGCUUAAACAGAAGACUUAAAUAUCCAGGGUCUUAUAAUACCUUAAAAUAGCCUGGACUACAACGUAAAAAUCAUUCAUUAUACCAAGAACCCAGGAAAUUUCAACUUGAAAGAAAAAAAGAUAAUUAACAGAUGUCAAUAUCAAGAUGACGCACAUGUUGGAAUUAUCUGACAAGAACAUAAAAUAUAUUUUAGUGAGAAAUUACAAAUAAACUUAGGACAAAUGAUAAAAAGAGUCUCGGCAAAGAAAUAGAAGAUAUGAGGAACAAAACGGAAAUUUUAGAUUUGAAAACCCCAAUAAAUGAAAUUUAAAAAUUCAGUCAACCCCUUCAAUAGCAGAAUGGAAGGGACAGAGGAAAGAUAUGGCUGUCAGUGAACUUGAAGACAGAGCACAGAAACUACCCAAUCUGAACAACAGAAAACAGGCUGAAAAAAAUUAUUAAAGCCUCAGAUAUGGAGAGUACACCAGAUCUCUAACCAAAGAUCUACUAUUUGUGUCAUUGGAGUCCCAGAGGGAGAGGAAAAAGAGUAUGGGGCAGAAAAAAAUAUUAGAAGAAACAAUGGCUGAAAAUUCCCCAAAUUUGGCAAAUGACAUAAACUGAAGAUUCAGGAAGCUGAGCAUAUCUCAAGCAGGAUAAAACCAAAGAAAUCCAUACUAAGACACAUCUUAAUCAACUUUCUGAAAAGAAAAAGUUUUGAAAGCAGUGAGAGAAAAGAUACCUUAGCUAUAACAGAAAAACAAUUCAAAGAACCGCCAAUUUCUCAUCAGAACCUUGGAGGACAGGAGGAAUUGGCACAUUUUCCAGUGCUGAGGAAAAAAGAAAAUUGUGAACCUCAGAUUCUAUAUCUGGCAACAAUAUUUUUCAGGAAUGAAGAGAAAAUCAAAACGUUAUCAGAUGAAGGAAAACUAGUAGAAUGUGUCUCCAGCAGACCUACUCUUUUAAAAAUGGCUAAAUGAAGUUCUUGAAACAGAAGGAAAAUGGUAAAAGAAGAAACCUUGGAACAUUGGGAAUGAAGAAAGAAAAAUGGAAAGAAUAAAAUAUGGAUCUCAGGAAACAGGCUCGACAGCUGGAAAAUGAACUUGACCUGAAACUAGUUUCCUUCAGUAAACUAUGUACAAGUUACAGUCACAGCAGUGCCCGAGAUGGAAGACGCGACAGGUAUAGCUCUGACACAACACCCCUUUUAAAUGGAUCAAGCCAAGACAGAAUGUUUGAAACAAUGGCAAUUGAGAUUGAACAGCUUUUGGCAAGGCUUACGGGAGUAAAUGAUAAAAUGGCAGAAUAUACCAACAGUGCAGGUGUCCCAUCUUUGAAUGCUGCACUGAUGCAUACAUUACAGAGACAUAGAGAUAUUUUGCAGGAUUAUACACAUGAAUUUCAUAAAACCAAAGCAAACUUUAUGGCAAUACGGGAAAGGGAGAAUCUCAUGGGAUCAGUACGAAAGGAUAUUGAGUCAUAUAAAAGUGGGUCUGGAGUAAACAACAGAAGAACUGAACUAUUUUUGAAAGAACAUGAUCACCUUCGAAACUCAGAUCGUCUGAUAGAAGAGACAAUAAGCAUUGCUAUGGCAACAAAAGAAAAUAUGACUUCCCAAAGAGGAAUGUUGAAGUCGAUUCAGAGCAAAAUGAAUACUUUGGCCAAUCGUUUUCCUGCUGUGAACAGCCUGAUCCAGCGGAUCAAUCUUAGGAAGCGGCGAGACUCCCUCAUCCUGGGCGGGGUCAUUGGCAUCUGUACCAUCCUGUUGCUGCUGUAUGCUUUCCAUUGAUGGAACACCUUGGGGGACUCUUGGCGGCCUCCACUUUCACACCCUGAUCUGGAAUAAAGAAACGUAGGAAGGAGAAGUUGAUUGUCCUGAUGAUUAGCCUGACCAGCAGGAGUAAUUCAGGACUGACAGCGGUGGACUCUGUGUUGUGGUCAGGGUGAGCUGAAGCCACAGUUUCUCUGUGCUGUCUUUUCUAACACACAUUUCCUUCUGUUAUAAGUUAAAAAAAAAAAAAAAGUGUCAGUUGCUUUUGUCUUCCCAGGAGGUAAGUAAACCAAUCAGAAACAGAGUUUCUGUGCUUCAGUAAUAGUAUGGAAGGCGGAUGACAAGCCAGGUCUUACAGCUGGACUCCAGAAAACCAGGUUUCUCUGUAUCCAAAGACUGCUUUCCUUUUAGCCCCCAGACUGGCUUGUGAAUAAAAAUAGUUCUUGUGCUUUUAUUUUACACUCAUGAUGAGAAACCACAAGUCAUUUCCUGAUAAGCUGUACUAUAAAUUUCUACUCUGUGUCCCUGUUUUGGUAUUCAAGGAAAAUUACAUUUUUCACAGAUUCUUUGAGAUGCCAACAGGUCAACUUCCACACAGUUGUGGUUGUCUGAAACAGAAGACAAACAGUGCAAAAAACCUUUUUUUUUUCCCUUUCUUUUUGUAAAUUGUAUGCACACUGGGGUUGACUAUAUUACUGGAAAAGCAUCAAGAAUAACAGGCUUUUUUGUCAGUCAUUUUUUGAUUUUUUUUUAUUUCUUUCAUUGGAUUAAUAUUUGCUACUACAAGUCAAUGAAAUUCCAGUUCUACCGUGAUAAAAGUAACUAAUAGCCAGUGUCUGUCAUUGCCCUCACCAGUUCCUCAGAGUGAGCGGACUGCUCAGUUUUCAACUGAUUAUUCAACAAGCCUCAUGUAAAAAGACAUUGACUGAGGGGUCACCAUCCAAAUGAUUCCAUUUGUAAAUGCUCCAUGGUCUAGGAGCAGAAGUUUGAGAACUGCUGCCUGAUGUACUAGGAAUUCUGGGUUUUAUGAAAACCUGUUCAUUCCAAAUCUGUUCAUCCAGAGAACGGUUUUACUGUUAAAGGUGUAUGUAACAGAAUCUGUCUCCGUCUGCACCUGUCUUCUACUACCAUCCCUGGACAGUGACAAAAUUUUUAAACUACCACCAGAAUUCUUUUCAGGUUUAACCAUUUCUCCAUUUCUGCAAAUGUAUGACUUGUCUAACUGAACUACCACAGACAGCUUGAAGCUUCAGCAUCUGCACUCCUCACCAAGAAAGUUGCUCCUCACCAUUUGCAGUUGACUCUGGUAUUGAUAGUAUUGGCUUCAGACUGUGCCACAGGGAAUAAAAGGAUAUUAGUGUGUAGUUCUUAACUGCAUCACAGUGCGUGGGUGAGGACAUUCAGGUGAACUGAAUCACAGGCUGAUGUUAUGCUAACCCCUGGUCUGGUACAGAAACAAAGGUUUUUCCUUCUGGUGUCAAAGUUUUAUUAUGUCCUGGGUAUGAAAGGCAUUUGAUACUUUUUUUUUUUUUUUAAACUACGGGGUUUAUUUUUCUAAAUAUGGGUUGAUCGAUCAGUUACUUGAUUGGGGAUGCCCUUAAAAGAAAGUCUGAGUUUUCCCAACAUGAAACUUAAAGGAUCAGAGAAGUUCAUUUAUUAAAUUCUCUGUUGGGAGAACAAAACUUCUCUCCCCUGACACUUUAUUAUUAUCUUUGAUUUUUCAAAGGGCCUUGAUUGGUGAUUGUGCCUCAGCUAGAAUUUAUUGGGACUUUCAUUGCUAUAUGGUUGGCAUUUAUAAAAUCUGAAGUAUCAUAAAUAAAGUUAUUUAUUUAAUUAUA